AUCUUUUUAUCCCCUUUUCAUCUAAAUCUUAUCCCCAAAACUUUGUCAAAUUGUAUUAAGUAGUUGUAAACUUCACACAGUGAAUAGUAGUUAGUGUGCCAUAAAGCUGCAUUCUUGAUUUAUUAGGGAGUUGGGACCAACAUCUUCCUCCUUUUCCCCUAUUUCUCACUUUCUCUUUCUUCUUGCCUCUUUCUUAGGAAUACCCUUUUGGAUUUUCACCUCAAAGAACCUUUCUUUACUGUUAUAUUUCUGAAUGUUGCCAGAAAUGGGGUCAGAAGGAUCAUCAAGAGUUGUUGUCCCAAGGAAUUUCAGAUUAUUGGAAGAGCUUGAAAGAGGAGAAAAAGGAAUAGGGGAUGGAACUGUUAGCUACGGGAUGGAUGACGCAGAUGAUGUUUACAUGCAAUCAUGGACAGGAACUAUCAUUGGCCCUCCUAAUACUGUACAUGAAGGGCGCAUCUAUCAGUUGAAACUAUUUUGUGGAAAGGAAUAUCCAGAUCAGCCACCUGGUGUAAGGUUCCAAUCCAGGAUUAAUAUGAGCUGCGUAAAUUAUGAAACUGGUGUGGUAGAGCCAAGUCUUUUCCCCAUGCUUGCUGACUGGAAGAGGGAAAGCACAAUGGAGGAUAUAUUGAUGCAGUUGAAAAAGGAAAUGACGUCUCCCCAAAAUCGAAAACUAGCUCAACCUUCUGAUGGCAAUGAAGAAGGCCGUGUGGAUCAAAAAGGCCUAGUUGUGAAAUGCUGCAUAAUGUAAGUUUGAUAAAAUACUGAAAGAUAAUAAUGUUGUAUAUAACCUUAAUACGUAGACGAUUCCAGAGUAUCUUAGCAUGUAUAAGUAUGUGUAUGCUUUGUAUUUCUUAUUGAAUCCUCCUUAAAUUAUGGGAUGGAUUAAUGUUUAAUGCCAAUUAUCCAACUCUGUGAAUAAGGCUAACUAUAGUUUUCAUACAUAAGAUUUGCUGAA